AUGCGUUUGCGACUGGUGAUAGUCCGUCACGGGCUGCCAGCGGCACGCAUAUUGUGGACUGUCCCUCUCGAACCAGCCUCGCGGUCUGUAUCUGCAUCCGAGAUUACGUCGAUAGUCGCACCAAACGCCGCAUUUGGACAUGGCUCUUGCACGAUUGCGCAGUUACUGGAGGAUGUGAAUGAGGUUGUGCCGCUCGAGACUACGGCGGAUACACUGGGCGAAAGCGACGAGAUUGGGGGUCAGUGGGGGUUGGAAGACUAUGUGGUUGAAGUCAAUGGCUUUGAGUGUCUUCAUUUUAUGGAUGUUGGGGGGUUGCUACGAGAUGGUGAUGAAGUAGUGAUUCGCGCUCUAGGGCUGCCUGAUUUGCGUGCCAGAAAACUCUCCGGUCGAGUCCAGAUAUCUACAGAUGGGAGGCGCUUAAUCGAUGGCGUCCCGUUUGGUAGACCGUACUUGAAACGUUCCUUCUCGGUCCGGCCUCACAUCAGAAUUCCUUCUCGGAAACGUAGGAGGACAAGCUACGCCGGCUUGCCUAGCAGUUUGCAGGGCGAUUAUAAUAACGAGGGACUCAGCGCUGGUGUGGAUCAGGCUGGAAAUGAGUUGGCAUUGUAUGAUGAUGAAUCUGUUCUUUCAUCUGAACAGGGCACUGUCAUCAGACGUCCACCGCCAGACCUGUUUAGUGAUGUGAAUGAAUCGGAUAAUGACAUAGAGUCUUCUUACAACGACAACGAAGAUCUGACUCAGGAGCUACAAGCUUUAAAAGACGAGGCAAAUGACACUGUGAUCACCGAUCUGGCCGAUCUCGAGAGCCCCCGCCUGACGCGCAGUUCUGGUCGCGUUUCGCGGAUGACAUAUCGAGAACCCAUUCCAACUAGCAGUCCUGCUCGUCUAUCGAUUGUCUCGGCAACGAAUUUCAAUGCCAACGACAGCGCCGUGGUGGAACCCUCGCCAAAAUCAACAAAAAGUGUUCGUUUCCAAUCCCCUUCCAGCAGGCAGAAUCUGGAUACCACAGACCUUUCGAGCGACUCGGAGAGCGAGGAUGACUCGUCGGUGUCAGAGGAAGAGUCGGAUUCAGCAGAAGAGUCGGAUUCGGCAUCAUCUUGCUCGGAAAAGAGUGAUGUGGGUGCCGCGGUUGAAUGCUCUAGGGAUGAUGCAUUGGAUGAGGACUCGAACACAGACAGCUCAGAUGAUUCUUCAGUCUCGUCUGAUUCAGAGUCAGAAUCAGAGGAUGAAGUUUCUCCGUCGCCUAAAAAGCAAAGGUCGCCAGACAUCUACACUGCUCCAGGCAAGGGUUCUACAAAAACAAAGAAUAGUAAUCGUCGGAAGAAACUUCGAAUGAGAUUGAACAAACUAAAGGAACUAGGUCAUCUCGCCCCGGAAGCUAAUUUCGAUGAGUUGCGCGAGUGGGAGAUUCAACAUGGCAAAAGGCCCCUGGUGGAAUUGACCGAUCUUGAGACGCCGCGUAGUUCUCAGGUUAGAUCAGAGCAAUCAUUGUUUGAACAAAAAAGGGAACAACUGCUCCGGGAUCUGGCAUCGGGCGGUAUCGAUGUUGAUGCCCACUCUGAGAAGGAGAAUAUUCCUCCGCGGUAUAAAAACGGAAAGCAAACUGAAAACACAGCCGCUGAUGUCGAGAUGCCCACCGUGGAUUCCGUCGAUAAGCAUACACAAGAAGAUGUGACUAAAGCCGACGAGUCCAGCCCUCAGUCCAACAAGAGACGAAAACUCGACAUGUCGAGCACGAAGCGUCUUGUUUUUGGUUCCCUUGGUGUACGGACUCCAAAGACCAAGGAAGAUGAGGAGAAAACGCGGAAUAAGCUCGCAGGCCAACGCAAAGAACCUGUGGUUAAGCAAUCUCUGGAAGCUUCUACCGAACAUGAGGCCGAGGACGAUUUUGAAGGCAGCUGGCAGUCAAAAGUGAUUGUUGAGGCAACUGAAUGCCUCUAUGAUGAUGUCCAGCUCCAGCCUCCUUCUUUUCCCUUUCAGCAAAGAUGGGAUUACGAAGCAGUCUCGCUAAUGCGUCAGCGCAAAGGCGGCGCAAAGAAUAACAAACGAAACAAGAAAAAGAAUCGAAAAUCGCAGGGCUACGAGGAAGAAGAAGAAUAUUACGACACCACAGGAUAUCUAGGCGAUGAUACCGAGGACUACGCAAAUGGCGACAUCACGUUGAAUUACGAUGAAGAAGAAUACCAUAAUGAGGAACUUGCCAAUGGAGAAAACGAGCCCGAUUUACCCGAUCUUCCCGAGGAUCUACAUUCUGUGCCAGUUCUGUCCAAGGACAAUGUUGUGGCAGGCGCUAUCAUAGCUUUCAAGCAACUGGAUAUGUCGAAGGCGACAAACUGGCAGCCACAGAUAUCGGAACAUCGCGUUGCCAAGGUUGACAAGCUGCUUGAGGACGGAACCAUCAGUAUUCAACUUGCGAAGCGGGAUCGGGAAUACCGAGAGGUAGCAGUCGACGAGAAUGGGGUUCGCGAGUACUCUGGACUGGAGAUGCCCGGUGACGAUGAAGACGACGGCGAAGCCGAGGACGAUGGGAUCCGCAAUCUGCCGUUUGAAGAUUUGCUCGAACCGAAACUUCUGAGUGCUCCGGUGGAUGGAAACCAGGAACCCAGCCUACAUAACCUCGGAGGUAGUAAUGUAUCUGCAGAUGAACCUUUUCCUUCUGUAGAAGCUGAACUGCCCACCGUUUCGUCCAGGACCCGUCAUGAGAUCUCCCAGAUAAUCCGUGAUGCCGGCUUUCGAGACACCGUCGACUCGGAUGUCGCCAUGGUAAUCAACGCUGCAGCUGCUGGAGAAAGCGAGCAAAGCCCGGGUAAUAACGAAUCUUCUCGGUUUGCUAAUCCUUUUUCAUGGAGUACGCCGGACGUGGAAGAUGAGGUUGGAAAUGAGAAGUUUGAAAAGGAGAAUACCAAUGAGGAGGAGAACCGAGAAACGGAUGGCGAUGAAAAUCACUCGAGUUUUAGCAAAGAUGAUCAAGCUAGUAUUGAUCAGGCGAUGAACAUGGAGUCUCAUGAUAAUGAUGAUGGCCUGAACAUCAAUGAUGAUCUCCCCAUUAUCAACGAAGACGUGGUCGAUGGCAAAAAUAGUCCUCUCCAAAAAUCAUUCAAAUGGAGCCCAACAUCGUAUCAACACCCUGUCAAGACACCGGUGGGCACUGCUACAGAUACUCAGAUGACGGUUUACCCACAGCCCCCACAUAUAUCAUCGCAGCCAGGAGCAGUAGCAGACGCAGAAAGCCAUGAUAGUCUAUCCGGGAGUGAGCAGAACGACGACGAGCCCGAGCCUGAGAAUUUGGAUUUGGAGGAUUCCCAGUUCCAGAAUUCGGCGGCGGGAGUUUCGCAGAAUAAAAGCUUCUUGAGUGAAUUUUCCGACGCUGGGUCUAUGAUUCCAAAUCCGUUUUAUGAGCAAGAUCGGUCACGUACGCUGGCCGAGGAAGAGGAGGAACCAGGUACGCAGGCGACGCAGGAGACAAAUGAGGAUAGUUCCAAUCUACUGCCCAAUAAUACGCCUAGAAAGGGAAACACUCUUUCAGAGACAGCACUACAACAAGAUGAUCCCGCGCCUGGACUGGACGAUCAGGCGCUGGAUGACAUAGAUCUUGACAAUGUCGAGCUUCCCAGCCUCGAUGAGCUGUGGGCAUCAACUGCCCCAGCGCGAUCAGAGCGCAGCGCAGCACCAGCGCUGCCGACAGUGAAAAAGACACGCCGCACGCUCUCAUCACCACGACAGCGGUCAAGCUCACCUGCUUUCGAGACGCAGGAUGAACAGAUACGCGGUCCCUGGAGACGGCAGCCGCGGCCCCCUAUCCCAUCACUCCAAAGAAAUUCCACCAGAAACAAUGGCAAUCGAGAUAUCAGCUCCCCUCCAGCCUUUGAGAUGAUGGAAACCGAGCUGUCAGUCCCGGAGGACGUAUCUUUUAUUGAUCUCACCGCCUCUAGCCCCCGUGUAUCUCCAGAGGGCAGCAGUGACGAGGAUUAUGCCAGAACACAGGGUCUACCCAGGGGGCCCGGGUGGGUGAAGAAGAAUAUCCCGUCGACGCAGCGGCGGACUCGCUCGUCUACUGGAGGUGGAGGUGUGGGAAUGAGUUCGAGUCCGGUGGCGCGGACGAGACGGGGGGAUCGUUGA